AUGUCAGCCUCCAGUCAUGCAAUUGAAAAGGCUGUGGUUGCCACAGCUGGGGCUAUGUUACUCUUUGCAGCUGUUUUUGUUUACUUUUUUCACAAAUUUGUGCUUGCUAGAUACCACCAGAGACACAAAAUUGGAGCAAGUUUGCUUCGAGAAUCUGGAGUGAACCUUGAGUAUAUAAACAAAGUUGGUGGCAAUGUGAAGGGAUUAAUUGUUGAAGAAAAUGGGGUUGAUGUUCUUUAUGUGAUGGACACAGAAAGAAGACCAUUGAUAACUGGAUUCCAAAAUAGUAUACUUAAUCCAAGUUAUGAACAUGAUGAAGAAGAAAAGAGAAUAGAUAUAAUGGUCCAAAGGUCCAAAGUAUCCAAGCCUGAAAUUCCACAGGCAUGUGAAUCUCCAAGCUUGGUUGGUCAAGAGAAUCAAGUUAAGCCAGAAUCACACACACCAUCAUUUUCAACAUCACUAACACCAAGACAGAACUUGCCACAAUCACCUCAGCUAGCACCUCCACUCCAACCACCACCACAAUCUCCACCAAUCAUAAUUGAGAACAAGAAAACCCAACCACCACCACCUCCUCCUCCUCCAACUCGUCCUCCACCACCACCACCUGGUCCACCUCCUCUUCCAAAGGCCAGUGGCUUCAUUUCAUCACUGAAACCCCCACCUUCACCCAAAGGGAAAACAAACAUAAGGAGCACUAAAGAGGGUAUGACAGGGGAGAGUUCAAGAGAGAAGGGUGUUGGUCAGACAAGACUGAAGCCUCUACACUGGGACAAGGUUGUAGCAAAUGUUGAUCAUUCAACAGUGUGGGAUCAGAUCAAUGAUGGCUCUUUCCGGUUUGAUGAUGAACUAAUGGAAUCACUCUUUGGAUAUUCAAGUAGCUAUAAAACGCAAGAAAGAAACAGAAUUCUUUCCACUAUGGCUAAGUCCAAUUCCAAUGCACCAGCUCAAAUAUUUAUUCUUGACCCAAGGAAAUCUCAAAACACUGCAAUUGUGCUAAGAUCACUUGCCAUUUCUCGCAAGGGAAUCUUGGAUGCAGUUCUUGAUGGUCAGGGUCUAAGUGUUGAGACACUUGAAAGACUCACUAAAAUAGCUCCAACCCAAGAAGAGGAAGCCAAAAUCAUCCAAUUCAGUGGCAACCCGGAUCAGCUCGCUGAUGCUGAGUCUUUCCUGUACUACAUCCUUACAGCAGUUCCAACAGCAUUCAACCGUUUGAAAGCAAUGCUGUUCAGGUCGAGUUAUGAUUGUGAAGUUCUUCAGCACAAGGAACAGCUACAAACACUUGAAAUGGGUUGCAAGGAACUGAGAACUAGUGGUCUGUUUCUGAAACUCCUUGAAGCCAUUCUCAAGGCUGGGAACCGGAUGAAUGCUGGAACCUCAAGAGGCAAUGCACAAGGUUUCAACCUCAGUGCUCUUAGAAAACUUUCUGAUGUGAAAAGCACAGAUGGGAAGACUAGCUUGCUUCAUUUUAUAGUAGAACAAGUGGUUCAGUCAGAAGGAAGAAGACAAGUUCUCUAUCAAAAGCACAAACUUCACAUGAGCAAUGUUGAAACAAGCAAUGUAAAAAAACCUUAUUCAUAUAGCCUGACACAACAAGAGGCAGAUAAAGAAUACACAAUGCUUGGUCUGCAAGUGCUAGGUGGGCUAAGAGAUGAGUUAUCUGAAGCAAAGAAAGCAGCCAGUAUUGAGUAUCACAAUUUCAUCACAAUGUGUACCGCUCUCAAUGCUCAUGCUAGUGAAAUUAAACAGAUUAUAACAUGUUGUGGCAAUACCAGGAGUGGUGGAUUUAUCAACGAAAUGAAAGGGUUCCUAGAGGAAUGUGAGGGAGAACUUGAGGUGGUGAAAGAGGAGCAGACAAGGAUCAUGGAGCUUGUGAAAAAAACAAACGAUUACUAUCUAGCAGGAGCAUCCAAAGACAACAUGGUAAACCCCUUUCAACUGUUUGAUAUUGUAAAGAAUUUUGUUGACAUGGUAGAUCAGGCUUGCAUAGAACUAAAAAGGAAGGUAGAAAAGAAGAAUUUGGGAGGAGAAGCUGCCUCAACAACACCACCUUUGUCACCAUCAAAGAGGGCACCACUGAGAUUCCCUAACUUCGAUUUGUAUUUUCUGUCCAAUGUUUCAGAAACUUCAUCUUCUAGCCAAUCAGAAGAUGAUUUCUGA